UCCGUGCGCAUUUCGGUGGCGCGUCGUUUUUCGUUCACUUUAUUGUUAUUAUUACUGCACAUUUAUCACCUUGAUUGUUUUCCGUUCGACGUUGAGUUUUUCCACGAGUACACAAAAAAAACAGAGUCUCGAGCCGCUGUCAAACGGUCGCCAUGAUUCAUCAUGAUACACGGUCGCCAUGAUAUAGGAUAACGUUACGGUCGCCAUGAUAUAUUGUCGCCACAGCACUAUCUUGGAAUUCGUUCGUCAGUUCAACGAACGAAAUUUCCAACGAACGACGUGUCAAAUAACCAACCGAUGUCAUGAGCAGCAGGCCAGUCGAUGUGCUGAUAUUCAGUUUGUUUUUGUUUACUUUCUAAAAAAGCAAAAUAUUUCGAAGUAGUUUGCGAUUAGAAGCAUUUUCGGUUAGUUUUGCUCUACAAUCUGUUCCAAAAGUCAUUAUUGAAGACGUAAUUGAAGAUGGCCGAUAUAAUCAUUCAUUCCGUUCGCCAACAACAGGCCAGUCCUGGAACCGUAUACCACGCCCUUUAUGGACACUACUUUUUGGGUAUUUCCCAAAAGAAUUUGGCGAUCAUUUACGGAAAAAGCCUGUCCACUAUUUAUGGUUGGAUUCAAAAGUUUGAAAGCGAGGGACUUUACCGAAGGAAAAAACGAGCUCAGGUCUUCAAAAAGUUCCAGUCGGAAAUGCGACAAUGGUUGGUGGAGCUUUAUUGCAAGCAUCCUCUUUUAUUUUUGGACGAAGCCAAGGAGAUGUUCCAGGCACAUUUCCAGAUGACAAUAAGUAUUUCAUCCGUCUGUACUAUUCUGCACGAGGCAGGCCUGUCGUGGAAAACCAUUGAGAGAAGAGCUAUUCAAAUUCGUAUGGAAGAAAUAGUGCGGUUUGUGAAUGAGCUCCUCGCCAUACCAUGGGAUAUUUUCAAUUUAGUUUUCCUCGAUGAGAAACUGUUUGAACACUGUGGAUACUUCCCUGGAGGAUUUUUCAGCCCUGAGAAAGGCUUAACGCAAGAUCCAAAUGAGGUCGAUUUGAAUAUUGUUCCCAAUUAAUAUAAGAGCAAGUUUUGAAACGUUUACUGUUAACAAUAAUGAACUAUCUGAAACAAAUAAAUAAAACUCAUGAAGACCGUGAAACUAUUGCAAAUAAAACUUAUUUUAUUUAUUCAAAACCGUAAAAUCAAAACAAGAAAAACACUUUAAGAGUGAUCAACAUCGGGACAAUCAGUUACUUUCUCCGCCAACACUUGGCUCACUUCGGACUCUUCUGGUCGGAUUGCUGAUUGCACUGCGGUGAUAAAAUCUCCAGCGGCUAAUCCUUUUGUUAUCAUUGCUUCGAGCUUGCGGGAAACGUUGUUAAGUAUUCCAAGUGCUGCUGAAAUUUCUUCCCUUAUUUCAGCCGCUUCUUUCACCCAACCAACAUUCACAGUAUGAGCCACUGUGACACCCCGAUGUACUGACUGCAGGCGGGCUGCUUCUGACACAUUUGUCCAUCGGAAGUAUUUAGCGAGCUCCAAAGGCGGUGCGGGAUCAAUUUUCAAUUGCUCUUGCUUGUGAGCAGGCGAAGAGUGGAUGAAGUUGGCCCACAACAUCCACGAGCUUUGAUGUCCCUCUAAAUCCAAGUGAGUUUCCUUAAGCUCUUUAGCCAAAGCAGCACAAUCACGGGUCGAGUGGGCUCCGGCUCGGUCUGAGUUUGUUGGCGUAAUGAGCGUCUUCAGUACCAUUUGGUGCUGGGCAUGCGUCUCCACGUUGGUCGCAUAUGGAUGCACAAAAACUUUGAUGUUUUUAUCCUUCCAUGUAGCAAGGAUUCGUGGAGUGAUGGCAGAAACAUUGUAGGUCUUCCUUUUGGUCGUGUCAUGCAGAAUGAUGAAUCGUUCAAUGUCUUCUUCAUCUGGUAUUUGCUUCUCAGACCAUGUCGGAACGUCAUUGUCAAAAUCAACUUGCCGAGAUACGUGUUUCUUUGCAAGUUUCCACAUGAAUCCGAUCACUUCCGGCACUGUAUCUCCACCGACAUUCAUGGUUCCGAUUUCUCGAGGGCGCAUUUGACUGCGAAAAAGUCGUCGAAGAAAGGUCCCUUUAAAGAAGAAUUCCAAACUCUUCGCAGCAUCAUCUGGCAACAAAGUCACAUCAUUUUCCUCGGAUGCACCACUUUCUUCGUUUUCAGCUUCCUCCGUCGUAUUAUCGGGCAACAAUGAGAAUUCGACAUUCCUCGAGUUCCCAUCGUCAGAGACCUGGGUCGUAUCCAACAAGGAUUUCGAGAAUCUGAAAGUUCCCGACGAUCCAGCCACCGGAGAUCCCGCUGUUUCCUGCUCCAGGAACUCUAUUCCGUCGUAGCUGCAAAUAGUUCAAUUCUGUUGAAGAUCAUCCUAUUUUUUUAAUAGUUUGUUACUUACUUGUCCUUGUUAUUAUCCAUGUUAAACUGGAACUGGAGGAUUAAUGUUCUUCAAGCAUUUUUUUUUUAUUUACCACAACGAGGUGAAACAACGAAAAUGUAAACAACAACAAUAACGUUGAGGUAAACA